AUGCAUGUCGCUAUGGAUCCUCAGAGCGCAAAGCUGAUGGAGCACAUACCGCCGGCCGAGCGCACCCGCGCAGCGCUGCUGACGUACAUCUUUCUAGAUACCGGUAGGGGCCAUCUGAUCCACUACUGCACGUUCAGCAAAUACCUAAAUCGGUUUCCAAAGGGAGAAAAGCCACGGUUGAAUUUUCAGGGGCUGCGCCAAGGAUUGAUUGCCUUGAUCAGGGAGUACGCUGAUUCUCCGUUUUCAGAGGAGGUGCGCACAGCGCAGUCUUUAACUCACGAAGCCAUGGCCAACCAUAGCGUCAGAACAGCGUAUUCCACGUACGCUGUCGACAGCUUUUCGUUAGCACCUGUUGCUGGAUCAAAAGCCAUCCAGCUGCAGGAAGAGGCCUCACGGGGAUAG